GGUGGCGGUGAGUUAAGCGUGGAACGGAACCACUUCUAACUCCCAAGUCCCAACUUGUAAAAGCAGAGCAUGCCAUUGUUGCUGGGUAUUCAACAACUCAUGGCUUCUCACACUCUCAUAUCCUCUUCUUCUCUUCGCAUCACAAAUUCAAUGCCCAUCAAGUGUGUUCCCUCCUCCUUCACUCCCACUAAAGCCUUCUCCUUUCUCUCACUCUCUCUUUCCACAACUACAACAACAAUCCCUACUAAAUCAUUCCAAGUGAGGUCAGUUGCUGCUCCAACAGAAUCUGUAGCAGGGUUUGAUGACAUGGUUUCUGGCACUCAGAGGAAGUAUUACAUGCUAGGCGGGAAAGGGGGAGUUGGGAAGACAAGCUGCGCCGCUUCGCUUGCUGUAAAAUUCGCUAAUAAUGGACACCCCACACUCGUGGUUUCCACUGAUCCGGCACAUUCUUUGAGUGAUUCUUUUGCUCAGGAUCUGACUGGGGGACAAUUGGUGCCGGUGGAAGGACCUGAUUAUCCACUUUUUGCUCUUGAAAUAAACCCAGAGAAGGCUAGGGAAGAGUUUCGCAAUGCAACCAAGAAAAAUGGUGGAACUGGAGUCAAAGACUUUAUGGAUGGCAUGGGUCUUGGAAUGAUUGUAGAGCAGUUAGGAGAGCUAAAACUCGGAGAAUUGUUGGAUACACCACCUCCUGGAUUGGAUGAAGCCAUUGCAAUUUCGAAGGUUAUGCAAUUUCUUGAAUCACAGGAAUAUAAUAUGUUUACUCGAAUAGUAUUUGAUACGGCACCCACGGGUCAUACAUUACGGCUCCUUUCCUUGCCCGAUUUCUUGGAUGCAUCCAUUGGGAAGAUACUAAAGCUACGGCAAAAGAUAGCUUCUGCUACCUCAGCAAUUAAAUCGGUGUUUGGUCAAGAGGAAACUCAACAAGCCGCCGCUGAUAAAUUGGAGAAACUUAGGGAGAGGAUGAUAAAAGUGCGUGAACUCUUUCGUGACACUGAUGCAACAGAAUUUGUUAUUGUCACAAUCCCCACGGUGAUGGCAGUUAGUGAAUCGUCUAGACUGAGUGCCUCCUUAAAGAAGGAAAAUGUUCCCGUUAAGAGACUUAUCGUCAAUCAGAUUCUUCCGCCCUCAGCAUCCGAUUGCAAGUUUUGUGCUAUGAAAAGAAAGGAUCAAAUGCGAGCUCUUGAUAUGAUCCAGAAUGAUCCUGAGCUAGCCAGCCUAACAAUGAUCCAGGCACCGCUUGUUGAUGUCGAGAUAAGAGGCGUUCCAGCUCUCAAAUUUUUGGGUGACAUUAUUUGGAAAUGACUAUAACAUAGUUCUAAAUGCAAUGUUGCAGAUUUCCGAUUUCCGGCCGAGAUGUAAAAGUUCCGGUACUGGAAGUCCUUUAGAUGCAAUGCACUGUCUUAGAACAGUUAUACAAGCUAGAGCUUCAGAAACUGAAAACAACUUGUUAAUACUUGUGUAAAUUUCCAUCUUCUUUAGAUCUUUUUCUUUGAUCAUUAUUUUGAGGAAGAGAGCCAAAACGAGAGGGGGGAGGGGGGUCUCAAUCAUGUGUAAGUUUUCACUGUAUACUAGCAAGAAAUAUCAGUUAUCGGAGCAACAAUUGCAAAUGCAAUAG